AUGGAUUCACCAACACCGCCAAUUGUCAUCGAGGAUUCGAACGGUUCAGCAAUGGACGCCUGCUUUACGGCAUUUGACAAGGAUGGCGAUGACCGCCUGAAUCUGGCUGAGUUUACGCUAAUCUGCCGUGCUCUGUUCCGCAAUGACAAGGGCCACAUCUACGAUGUGCCACACGAACGCCUCGAGCAAAUAUUCGCUGUCUUUGAUAAGAACGGAGAUGGCUUCAUCGAUAGGGAGGAGUUUAAAUUUUGCUGGAAUCAAUGGAUAAAAACGAUUGUGCGACCGGUGAACGCGUUUCUCAUUGUUGAUGUACAAAAUGAUUUUAUAAGUGGUUCCUUGGAUAUAAGUAAUUGCACUGCACAGCAGCAAGGACAUGAGAUACUGGAGCCCAUUAACAAGCUGCUGGACACGGUGGACUUUGAUGCUGUCUUCUAUUCGCUCGACUGGCAUCCCAGCGAUCAUGUUUCAUUUAUUGAUAAUGUCAAAAUGCGAGCAAUGGACGAGUCGUCUGCGCUGGAUGCCGAUUCGGCCAAGGUUUUUGACACGGUCAUCUUUGCCGGGCCGCCGCCUAUGAAGCAGCGUCUGUGGCCGCGUCAUUGUGUUCAGGAUUCUUGGGGUGCUGAGCUGCACAAGGAUCUGAAGGUGGUCGAUCAUGGCAUCAAGGUCUACAAGGGCACCAAUCCGGAGGUGGACUCCUAUUCCGUAUUCUGGGACAACAAAAAGUUGUCGGACACCACGCUAAAUGCCCAGCUCAAGAUGAAAGGCGCCACGGACAUCUAUGUGUGCGGCCUGGCCUACGAUGUCUGUGUUGGAGCAACGGCUGUGGACGCUCUGUCCGCCGGCUAUCGCACCGUCUUGAUAGACGACUGCUGCCGCGGCACCGAUUUCCAUGACAUUGAGCACACCAAGGAGAAGGUGGUUACCAGCGAUGGAGUCAUUGUGCACACCAAUGAGGUCAAGGCUAUGGCCGAGGGUCGCGAUCGUCGCCCCGAGCUGGGCUACAAGCUGGCCAUGGAGCUCAAGAGCCCCGACUCAGUGUUAUCGCAACGCAAUGGCUUCAGACCCAGCUUCUAAAGAUCUUACCGACAAAUUCAAGACAUCACAAAUCACAAGCUGAGCAAUCACAACAGGAACAGGAAUAGCUGGUCCAAAUUUUGAAAAAUGACAUCUAGUUUACAUAGUUAGUUAAGCUUUAGUGUGUUUUAGUUAAAAACAAAACUCUUUGAACACUUAUAAUGAGAGGACGUAGUUCAGCUAGCUUUUGCUAAACAUUGCAAGAAUUUGUAGAAUUUGGUAACGUUUUUAACAUUUUUUUAACAGCGUACUCAAUAAACUCUAACAUCAAUAGUUGCCGAAAAGUUUUCGUCUAUUGACAGCUUAAGUAUUACUCUCUUAACUCUCGCACUUCUAUGGCAAAUGUUGUAUAUGGCACCUGUUUGACGUAAAUUCCCUUUCAAAAUACACGAUUGUUCUACCCAAGUUAAUAUUAUGU